AAGCCCCUUCUCGUGGACGCGCAUCGCGCAUUGUCGCAUGGCGCCAGCAUUUCUUCAGCGUUUCAGGAGCAGCCAAACACCGCUGCAGGCUGACUUACAGCGUGCGACGGAGUCCAAUGUGAUAGAAGUGCCAAAGGAUGUGCUUGUGCUGGUGGUGGAAGCCACCCGCAUGGGUGAAGAGGAGCGUCGUGAGAUCAUGAUGCAUCUUCGAGACUGCUUGGCUGAGCCACAGGGUAGAAGAUGGCGACGCAUCUACGCUGGGUUGGUCCUGAUAGAGGAGCUCCUAAAGAAUGGCGCUCCCGAGCUGAUCACGGAGACGUCCGAAGGUCGCCACUUUGACCUGGUGCAGCGUCUCUCUUUGCUUGAGAAAUUCGAAUGCACGAACGACCUGAGAGUGCAGAACAUGGUUCGCACGAAGGCCACUGGUCUCCGAAGUGAGGUGGUGCCGAGGCUUGAAACAGCCGGAGAGGACAGCCCCAAGCCCGCAGCCAGCAGCGUCAGCAGAUUCAGUGACGCAACGACUACGGGAGCAGGCGAUUCUUCUUCCUCCUCCGCAUCAACCCAGAGCGUUGGAGUUGGUUAUACCGGUGGCGCUCUGUACAACAUGGCGAAGCCUGAGAGCCAGCUGAUCCUCAACGGGGUUGUUGCCGUGGGGCACAACGACGACACAGACAGUGACAGUGAUGGCGAGGGUGCAAAGAAGGCCGUCGCAUACCGGAAAGCCCAGUCACCCGCAGCGCCCCAACGUGCUGGAGGCGCUGCUAAGACUAAUACCUCUUCCGCACCACAGGGCCAGAGUGCUGGCAACAUGGAUUUGCUCGACCUGUAACCAGGUUUGAGGGGAGCCGACGGGGCACUUGGGCAAAGGCGGCACGGUCAAAGUAGCGGCUGAU